GAUGGGAACAUGGAAAAGAGGGUAAAAUGGGUGGUUAUCAAAGUCGGUUCAUUAAUACUUUAAUUGGUCCGGUAUUGGAAUUAUGCUUAUCUCAUCAUGAUGAAUUGCGCUCUGCCGCAAUCAAAGUAUUAUUCAGUAUGAUUGUUACACAAUAUUCGCUAGACGAAGAUUUCAAACAAAUGGAAUCAGAUAUAAUUGACAUUCUGGAUAGAUUAUUCAUGUCAGAGAAUAAGGGUGAUGAGAUAUCUCAUAAAUAUUUUAUUGCGCAAUUACGUGAAUUAUUUGAAGAGACAUCAGUCGAUACUUCAUUACGAGAAACUGUCAUGAAAUUUUUAGAUUCUCUUAAUGAAUUUUUGGUGCUAUUACUUGGUGUCCGCGAAUUACCUGAUGGUGAAGAAUUCCAGGAUGAUCGAAUAAUGUGUACACUCAAAUUGAUGAAAUUUAUAAAGUCCAUUGAUCGAGAUCAAAUUUAUAUAAAAUAUGUGCACCAACUUGUUCAGAUGCAAGUUAAUUACCAUAAUUUUGUAGAGGCUGCUUUGACUCUCAAGUUACAUUCAAAUUUAUACGAUUGGGAUCCCACUUGUGAAAUAGAAGCAUUACCUGAUCUGAACUUUCCGAAGCAAACUCCAUUUGAUCGAAAGGAGCGGUUAUAUAUUCAAAUUUUGGAUUAUUUUGUUAAAGGUAAAGCAUGGGAAUGUGGUGUUGAGCUAUGUAAGGAAUUGGCUCAUCAAUUUGAAUAUACUACAUAUGACUUUCAACGUUUAAGUAAUAUUCUUAAACAACAAGCCGUAUUGCAUGAGAAUAUUAUAAAGAAAGAACGAUAUUUUAGUGAAUAUUUCCGGGUAGGGUUUUAUGGCCGAGGAUUCCCUGCAAGUCUACAAAAUCGACAAUUUAUUUAUCGAGGGUAUGAAUGGGAAAAAAUUGGUGCAUUUUGUGAAAGAUUGCAAAAUAAACACCCUCAAGCUCAAUUAUUAAAAUAUAAUAGUACACCAACUGACGAAAUUCUUCAUGGAGAUGGUCAAUUUUUACAAGUGACUGCAGUGACACCAGAACCUGAUAGAGAAGCACCCAUUUUCAAAGGAAACGUGCCGUCAGCUAUUCGUUCAUAUUACGAACACAAUUCAAUAAAUACCUUUAGCUUUUCACGACCAGUUAAUGAACCGACUUUGAUAACCACCCAUUUUACCCUCUUUUCCAU